AUGGAUUCUGCUGUUUCCCCCUUGGAUUGUAUUCAUUUUUCUGGUGAGUUGGCUUAUUCAAAAGUUCUUCUACAUUGGUGUUCGGCUCUUCUGAUCGACGAUGAUUCAACUUUUACAGGAUUUUGUCGUUCUAUUAUUAACACAUUGUAUGAACUUUAUCCAUCAUCUGCCAAUUUCAUUACUCCCAAUGCUUUAUCACAACGAUUUGAAGUAGUAUAUAUAUUAUGGGAGUUAGCUAGAUUUGAAUUGAUGAUUGGAAAUGAAGCACAAGUGCUGUUACCGUUAUCGUUAUCAACAACAUCAAGAUCAAGUUUCUUAGAAGGUUUCUCAUAUUAUUAUUAUUCAUUAUUUGUACUGUUCUGGUCACGUCAUCAAUAUGUUUCUACUAUAAAGUGUGAUAAACGAAUAUAUUCCAAAAUAGCACUUUGUGAUGGACACCAAACAUGUGGUCGCAUUGUUUGUGCGUACACUGAUAUUGUAGAUGUUUCAAUUCCUGAAACUGGACCAAUAAAUAUUGGUUGUCCCUAUGCACCAAUGCGACGACGCCAUCAAACACAACAGCAGCAGGAAAACAGCAUAAAAAAUGAAAUAAAACAUCAUUCCACUCUAUAUUGUCCAAGUCAUCAAUCAGCUACUAAUAUGGUUCUUCCUCAACAAUCCAUUGAUUUACACAGAUUAGCUCAUGAAUUAGAUCAGAUUGAUCAUGAUUUUCUUCAUCAUACUACACAAUGUAAUGUUUAUCGAGAUGACUUGGAGAACAUUCACAAGAACAAAGGUUAUGGAGUUUUAGUUACCUUUCUGUCCUGUCAAAUUGUUAUAGGAUUUGACGAGAACAUUCGUGCCGAGGGAAUGAGACGUAUGACACGCCAUUUUCUUCGAAUGUUACAACGAAAGGCUGAAAUUCCAAAUGAUCUUGUCUAUGAUUCAGCCUGCACACUUCAUCUUCACUGGCAUCGACAUAUUGGAACUACUUUUCUUAAGCGAUCAGAGCAUACAGAAAAAUUAGUUAAUGUGACUGUUGUUAUUGAUAGAUUUCAUAUGAAAAAUUACAAACGUCAAAUUUGCCAAGGAGAGAUGAAGGCUGAUCAUCCAAUUCAUAAUGGUAAAUUCGAUGGAAUUAACACGGAAUUAUGUGAACAGUAUUUUAAUUAUUUAUCUCGUCUGAAAGCUUCGCUUCGAACGUUCAAUUAUCCAGCAUCGUCAAUUUUUCUUCUUCUUCUAUUUCAUUUAAGAAAUUGUUCAAAGAGUGGUUUAUCUGCAUCAAGUAUUGGCAUUGCAAAAUCAUUUAUACCUCCUGACAUGUUUCCGAUUCGAAAAAGAAUGAAUUCAUUAAGUCAAAAUGAAAAUCUAGAAGAACAAAAUGUUCAAGAUGUAUGGGGUGUUGGAAAUGACAAUAUAUGA